AUGACACGACAAGAACUAGACCGGCGUUUCAGAAAUAGCAAGCAGAGAGACCGGCGUUUCAGAAAUAGCAAGCAGAGAGACCGGCGUUUCAGAAAUAGCAAGCAGAGAGACCGGCGUUUCAGAAAUAGCAAGCAGAGAGACCGGCGUUUCAGAAAUAGCAAGCAGAGAGACCGGCGUUUCAGAAAUAGCAAGCAGAGAGACCGGCGUUUCAGAAAUAGCAAGCAGAGAGACCGGCGUUUCAGAAAUAGCAAGCAGAGAGACCGGCGUUUCAGAAAUAGCAAGCAGAGAGACCGGCGUUUCAGAAAUAGCAAGCAGAGAGACCGGCGUUUCAGAAAUAGCAAGCAGAGAGACCGGCGUUUCAGAAAUAGCAAGCAGAGAGACCGGCGUUUCAGAAAUAGCAAGCAGAGAGACCGGCGUUUCAGAAAUAGCAAGCAGAGAGACCGGCGUUUCAGAAAUAGCAAGCAGAGAGACCGGCGUUUCAGAAAUAGCAAGCAGAGAGACCGGCGUUUCAGAAAUAGCAAGCAGAGAGACCGGCGUUUCAGAAAUAGCAAGCAGAGAGACCGGCGUUUCAGAAAUAGCAAGCAGAGAGACCGGCGUUUCAGAAAUAGCAAGCAGAGAGACCGGCGUUUCAGAAAUAGCAAGCAGAGAGACCGGCGUUUCAGAAAUAGCAAGCAGAGAGACCGGCGUUUCAGAAAUAGCAAGCAGAGAGACCGGCGUUUCAGAAAUAGCAAGCAGAGAGACCGGCGUUUCAGAAAUAGCAAGCAGAGAGACCGGCGUUUCAGAAAUAGCAAGCAGAGAGACCGGCGUUUCAGAAAUAGCAAGCAGAGAGACCGGCGUUUCAGAAAUAGCAAGCAGAGAGACCGGCGUUUCAGAAAUAGCAAGCAGAGAGACCGGCGUUUCAGAAAUAGCAAGCAGAGAGACCGGCGUUUCAGAAAUAGCAAGCAGAGAGACCGGCGUUUCAGAAAUAGCAAGCAGAGAGACCGGCGUUUCAGAAAUAGCAAGCAGAGAGACCGGCGUUUCAGAAAUAGCAAGCAGAGAGACCGGCGUUUCAGAAAUAGCAAGCAGAGAGACCGGCGUUUCAGAAAUAGCAGAGAGACCGGCGUUUCAGAAAUAGCAAGCAGAGAGACCGGCGUUUCAGAAAUAGCAAGCAGAGAGACCGGCGUUUCAGAAAUAGCAAGCAGAGAGACCGGCGUUUCAGAAAUAGCAAGCAGAGAGACACCAGGGUACAAACGGCUACAGUGCUAA